AUGCUCCAAGUUGAUCAAGAUACUCCACCCCUUGUGGGUCCGUCUGGCGAAAAGCGAGCCAGAAAGAUCAAUGUGGCGGUCUGCAUGUACCUCUUCUUCGCACGUGCUGUGCAGUAUGCUAUCGCAUCACGAGAUUUUCUGGACACGUACAUCAUGGACAUAUCCAGCUCCAAUGAAAAAGUUGGGCAAAUUGAGUCCUUGUGCGGCAUUGCAGCCCUCAUUAUCCUCCUGCCCUGUGGAUACUUGGCAGAUCGUUGCAAGCGCUUGAGACUACUUCAGUAUUUAGCAGUGGCAAAGGCAUUUCCGACUCUGAUGGCGUUCAUUGCUGUGCGGCAGAAGAACUUACUGCUCUUGCAGGUCAGCAUGGUUCUUCUUGCAGUGGUGAAUGGACCCUUUGAGCAGGUAUUACAAGUCUUCCUGGUUGACAAUACCCUUCCGGAGCAACGGACCCUUUUCCUGAGCCGCAAAGAAAUGCUGUCGUGGCUGGGCACUGCUGUUGGGCCGUUACUUGCGCUGCUUUUGGUAAAUCUACAUUCAGAUACUAGCUGGUCAGUUCCACUGCUGCAAAACGUCGUAUGUGCUGGCUUAGUUGGAUACCUGUUUGUUGAGCCUGCUGUUCUGUUGCUGCGGAAUGCACACCCAGCAACUAGAGAUGAUGCGGCAGGUGAAGUUGCUUCGUUGCCAGAUUGGACACAAGAGGUGAAGUGUGGGAUCAGAAAACAAUGGCUCGUCCCUGUCUGGACGGAAAUUAUGUGGGGAGGUACGCAGAUUGCCUCAUCAAUGAGCUUGAAAUACAUUCCACUCUUCUUCCGUCAGGACUUUAGCAUGAGCCCAUCAUGGCUUAUGAUCGUACGUGUACUUGAGAACCUCGGAUUGGCAGCUAUGAAUUUUGCCACACCAUUCAUUUCUGCCAAAACGGGACGUGCAUGGGCUGCGACCUUAUUUAUUUUUGCUGGAGCAAUUCUGAUGCUGGGCGUCGCCAGCUUGCAUCAGACUUGGCUAGCUGCCACUCUAUUCAUUCUCCGAACUACCUUUGCGAGAGCCAAUGUGCCUUGUGUUCAAUCUAUUAUUUUCGAAUCUGUGCUUCCAAAACAUCGCGGCAGAUGGACCGCCAUCACCUCCUUCAAGUCAGCAACGAAUGGGGCAGGUGCUUGGGUCGGAGGCUAUUUGGCAGAUCGAACUGGAGACUAUCGAGCAGGCUUUGUCCUGACGGCCAGUAUGCAGAUGCUUUGUGCUAUUUCCUACGUGCCCAUCGCUUUUAUGGUGCCGUAG